AUGGUCUUCCGGAUGGCCCGCCUAGCACCCCCGCCCGCCCGUCUCACACCGCGGCGUCUUUUGUUCAUCGCAUCGGCAGGUGUACUUUUUGGCGUUCUCUUCUUCAGCUUGGCCCCAAUCACCUCACCACUUCCGCCUUACACAGGACCGCAUGAGGUUGGCAUACUGGAUGUUGAGACAGAGGUCCAAAAGAGAACGAUUCAUGAUGCUGUACUGAAGGCAACUGGGGAGAAGACUUUCGAACUCAAUACAUUGGCCAUCACUUUAUACUACCCAUCUUCUCUGCCUCUGGCGUCGCCUAGUCAGCGACUAUGGGCACGACCAUGGCUGCCCCAACCGGUUUCGCUCAUUGGCGAGGGAUAUGCUCGGCUUGCCGGUGUAUCGAAACUGUCUUCGGUUUUCACGUUUGCUCUCUGGCUCCUUGGUUCAAGCACGGUCAUCCCAGGUGUCGUUGAUGCACCCAUACUUUCCGGCGCUGAGCAGAUAUUGGGCGAAGAUGGCAGUGGUGCAGGCAGCUUCGGAAAGAUCAUGAGCGCAGCAGAGGAGGAGCAUCAGGAAUUGAAACGCGGUAGUGAUCUCGGGGGGUUGCCAUGCCUGGUAUUUACACAUGGAAUGGCUGGAAUGAGCCAGAGUUAUGCCCACUACCUCGGAAGUAUCGCAAGUUACGGCUAUGUUGUCGCUGCUGUCGAACACCGCGACGGAAGCGGACCCGGUACUAUCGUGCACUAUCCUGAUGGGACGGAGCGGAAAGUUUGGCACCUGAAACUCGAGGACCUUGCAGUCGACCCGCCAAUGACUGACCUAGAUCUUAAGGCUGCACAACUCAACUUCCGCGAAGCCGAGAUCAGCGAAACCAUCAAGCUCUUCGCGCAACUCAACGCUGGUGACGCACCAGUCGUGAACCUCAAGCCUGAUUCACCGCGGAACGCCCUACCUGGUUUCAAGAACCGUCUCAACUUGUCUGCAGUCACAGUCGGAGGCCACUCAUACGGCGCUACAGGCGUGAUGCAAGCACUCAAAUCUGCUGGCUCAAAGGCAAUGCCCAUCAACGGCGGCGUUGCGUUAGACCCUGGAAAGGGGUCCGGACCGCUGAACAAAGACAUCGAUGUACCAGUACUUGUAAUGCAGAGCGGUGAAUGGACAGAGAAGCAAACGGAUUUCUACGGACAGGGAUGGCACUUCAAUGUUGUGAAGGGCAUCAUCGAAAACGUGAAGGUGGGAUGGUUCAUGACCUUGAUGGGCACCGCUCAUCCGUCUUGUACCGAUGCGCCUCUGAUCGUUCCUUGGAUUAUGAAGUUAGUCACUGGUACAACGCUCAACAGCAAGGACGCGCUUCACGAGUACAUCGACACAUCGGUCGCCUUCCUAGAGUACCUGCGAACAGGUGAGAAGAAGGGCGUUCUGGAGAGCGGUGUUACAAAUGAUGAAGGACCUUUCCAUCGUGUCACACCACGUGAAACGGUCAAGGGCCCGCAUGGCGCUAACUGGGAAGUUCACGUUGUGCCUAAGGCGGAGUAG